CUGAGUUUUUUAGAUGUACAUAAUCCCAGAGUUGACCCAGAAAAUAGGCAGUCGUUUCAAGAUCUGAUGCGGCAGUCUUUGUGCACACCAUCCCCGCUUGAGCAUGAAGCGUAACCCUGUGGAAUAUAUACUGUAAUUCAGAGGAGAAGAGGAACACCGUUUAAAUAAACGGAGCCGAAGCAAAGUCGCGCAACUUUGUGAAAACGUAGCGGACACGGACAGGAGGCAUGGCAGACCAUCUGAUGAUGCCCAUGAACCACAACUCAGCGGGCGCUAGUAUCCACGGUUACAGGAUGGGCAUGAAUGGCGGCCUGCAGGCAGGUCACCAGCAGCAUGCCACCCAGCAGGGCAUGCGGGCGAUGCCCAAUGGCCAGAUGAUGCACUACGGCGGCGCCCAGGCCAACAUGGAGACGGCCAUGAGGCAGCGGCAGGGCAUGGUGGCUGGACCCAUGAACGGACAGCUGAACGGGGCCCAGAUGGGGCACCACCAGAUGACCUCUGGUAACAUGAUGUAUAACGGUCAACCCCAGCAACAUCACCCUCAGCAGCAGCAUCACAUGCAUCCACAGCAGCAUCCACAACAGCACCAGCAACAGGCCCAGCACCCACAACAGCAGCAGCACCCACAACAACAACAACAACAACCACAACAACCACCACAACAGCAGCAGCAGGCUCCGCAUCCACAGCAGCAGGCGCCACAUCCACAGCAGCAGGCACACCCGCAGCAGCAGCAACAGUUCAUGAAUGGAGGGUUAACGUCCCAGCAACUCAUGGCCAGCAUGCAGCUGCAAAAACUAAACACCCAGUACCAUGGGCACCCACUGGGACCUAUGGGUGGGAACCACAUGGGGCCUACGACCCAGUACCGCAUGAACCCGGCCCAGCUGGCUAACAUGCAGCACAUGGCCGGACCCGCUUUGGCCCUAAACGGCAUGGACGCAGAUAUGAUUGACGAGGAGGUUCUGACCUCGCUGGUCAUGGAGCUGGGCUUGGAUCGGGUCCAAGAGCUGCCAGAACUCUUCCUUGGCCAGAAUGAGUUUGACUUUAUUUCAGACUUUGUCAGCAAACAGCAGCCCAGCACUGUCAGUUGCUGAGAGGAAGUGAGUAACGAAGGAGCCCAUAUGGAGACAGAAGAGUGAGAAUUGUCCAGGAUGGACGCAGAGUGCUUAUCACUUUUUAUUUAGUGAACACCUCCCUGUACAGCCAAGCCCCGUUGGGUCACAGGGUGCACAGAAGAUAACUCUGGAUAUCCACAGGGAACACACAGUGCUCGAGUCUUACAUGUGCGAGUGGCCAGAGGGCGGUUGGCUGCAGACAGAGCUCCACCUCUCCCAUUUCCUGGACAUGAAUGUAACAAAGAAAUGCUGAAAUUCUUUAAAGCCACUCUGAACAAUGCUAUGACACUGUGUAGCCUCCUAGCCCGGACUCCAAGACAGUUUAACAGUAAAAGGGUGUAUUUAUUUAUUCCUGUCUGAGAAAACUGAUAUAAAGAACAGCCACCAUCUCCAGUUUGGGAACCAGGUGGUCUAAAAAAAAUAAUCUGAGAGUCUGAUGGGGGAGAACAUUUUUAAAUGAAGUUCUCAGCUCAAGUUUUUGUUCCCAUUCUAUUUGGCAUAGUAUUUAAAUGAGCUCAGAUGGCAAGGUCGUCUAAAAAAAGACACAAUGGAAGUACAAUGCUAACUCAUUUGAAUGGGAGCCUCAUCCCUAUUUUAAAAAUGGUUCACUUUUGGUUAAGUGCUGCCUUUUUUAGAUGUGAUGUUCUCUAUGAAAUCUACUGCUUUUUCUGUAUGAAGCUGUAUAACUCCAACAUGUCCACACUGUUGUGUUCUAUUGGAGAUGUAGAACCGCCUUAAUCGCGCAGAUUCUUAUUUAUUGGUUGUUUAUAUUGUCCCCUUUUGUUGUGGUCAAGAUGGGGGGAUGGUCUCUGUGAAGGGGGUUUGAGGAUCAAUAAAGAUGGCCUGGAUAGAAAUGUGGCCUGCUUUUC